AUGCCGCCAGCAGGAAGGCGCAUAGGAGAUGAUUUCGUGGACGACUCAGACUCGGACAUUGAUGUCGACUUGUUCGAUGACGAACCGGGCAGAUCGAAAGGAAAAGGAAAGGGCAAAGCCGCGGAGAAGCGGAAGCAGGACAAGGGCAAAAGCAAGGCCAAAGAGCAAGGAUACGCUUGGGAGGCAACUUACGUCCGCUCUUGGGACACUGUACAAGAAGAUGAAGCCGGAAGCAUACGGGGUUCCGUGCAAGAUCUCAUAGCGCGGGGUCGACGGAGAAGGUUACUUGCACCGGCUGCAGCUAUCCGACGAACAAUUAUUCGUCAACUCGUGCUCGUCCUAGAUCUAUCCGCCGCCAUGUUGGACCGUGACAUGCGGCCUACUCGCUUUGAUCUAAUGCUGCAGUACGCAAGAGAGUUUGUCACGGAGUGGUUCGACCAAAAUCCUCUCGGUCAGAUUGGAAUAGCGGGAAUGAGGGGGGGCCUCGGCGAGAGAAUAGGCGAGAUGUCCGGGAAUCCUCAAGACGUCCUCAAAGCUAUCUCAGAACGGCAUAGGCUUGAACCUAAUGGAGAACCAAGCCUGCAAAAUGCGAUAGAAAUGGCGCGGAGCAGCAUGAGUCAUUUGCCAACACAUUCAUCGCGCGAGAUCCUAGUCAUCUUUGGGUCACUCACGACCUGCGAUCCUGGAAACAUUCACGACACAAUGGAUGAAUGUGUCAAAGACCGAAUACGCAUUUCGAUAGUGGCACUCGCUGCGGAAAUGAAGAUUUGUCGCGACCUAUGUGAUAAAACAGGAGGACAGUUCAGUGUCGUGAUGAAUGAAGGUCACUUCAAGGAUCUGCUUUUCGAACUCAUCCCUCCUCCGGCGCAACGCGCCGUUGCGCGAACUGGUAGCGGGGUUACCGCGAACCCCGCGGCAGACCUCAUGAUCAUGGGAUUUCCGAUGCGUCUUCCAGAUACCUCUCCUCCGUCAUUGUGCGUAUGCCACUCGCAAAUGAAGAGCGAGGGCUUCCUGUGCCCACGCUGCCUCGCGAAAGUAUGCGACGUCCCGACCGACUGCGACAUCUGCGGUCUGAUGAUCGUCAGCUCCCCACAUCUGGCACGGAGCUAUCACCACCUCUUUCCUGUCAAAGCCUACCAAGCAGUGAACACACUGGAAGAUACGCUGAAUCCCAGCAAACAGUGCCACGGGUGCUCGGUAGCGUUCAGGGGGACGCCCUCUGUCGUGGCGGGUGCUUCUGGGGAGGGUAUGAGCCCGUUCGGGCGGUAUCGAUGUCCCGAGUGCCACAACGACUUUUGCACAGAUUGUGAUGUGUUCGUGCACGAUGUUGUCCACUGCUGCCCUGGUUGCGGCCAAUGA